AUGUACAGGUAUAUCAUCCAAUCUUGGCCGACUGUUGCAGAACCUGACCUAUUCCUACAUGAAGAUGGCUACUACAUGGUUAAAUUCCAGGAUAGGAUUGAUUUGAAUGAGGUACUACUAGCUGGACCGUAUAGUGUUAAUAAUAAGCCUAUCAUACUAAAACUAUGGACCCCUGACUUUGUGUUUCAUGAUGAAUUCCUAAAAGAGAUCCCACUUUGGAUUAAAUUUCCUCAACUCCCAAUUAGCUAUUGGAGUGGUGAAUCUUUGAGUCGCAUUGCUAGUACAAUAGGCAGUCUUUUAUUUGCAGAUGAAUGUAUAACUAAGAGGACUAGAAUAUCCUUAGCUAGACUGCUAGUAGAAGUUAAUGUCACUACUCCAUUGCCGGAAUGUGUGAAAGUGUUGGAUCCCUCUGGGGAAGUGUUUGAGCAACAAGUGGUGUAUGAGUGGAAACCUAUCUUUUGCAACAAAUGUUUGCAACUGGGCCACAUUUGUGAAACUAAACCAGCUCCCAAGCUUGUCCCCAAACAACUAAGGAAGAGGAGGAAGAGGAGGAGGAGGAGGAGGCCUCAACAGCAGGUUUGGGCCACUAAACCUCAUCCUGAUAAACCUAAGGAACAUCCUGAAACUAACUGA